UUUUUUUAUGAUUCAAGUAAAAGACCUGUGUUGGUUCUUCAGAAUGACUCUCUCUACUCUCAGAGACGUCCUUACACCAGUGAAGAUGAGGCCUGGAAAACCUUUCUUGAAAAUCCCCUUACAGCAGCUACCAAAGCUAUGAUGAGCAUCAAUGGUGAUGAAGACAGCGCAGCUGCCCUUGGACUGCUUUAUGAUUACUACAAGGUUCCAAGGGAGAGGAGAUCUUCAACAGCUAAACCAGAGGUAGAACAUCCUGACCAAGACCAUAGCAAAAGGAACAGCAUCCCAAAUGUAACAGAACAGUCACUCAUUUCUGCUGGAGAAAACAGAGUCCAGGUUCUGAAAAAUGUGCCUUUCAAUAUUGUCCUUCCACACACACCCCAGAUGGGCAUGGACAAGAGAGGCCACCUGACAACCCCUGACACAACGGUCACCGUUUCAAUUGCCACGAUGCCCACCCAUUCCAUCAAAACGGAGACGCAGCCCCACGGCUUUGCAGUGGGCAUCCCACCAAGCGUCUACCACCCCGAGCCCCCCGAGCGGGUGGUGGUCUUCGACAGGAACCUCAAUCCCGACCAGUUCAGUUCCAACACCCAGCCUCAAAACUCCCAGAGGCGAACGCCAGACUCCACCUUCUCAGAGACUUUCAAGGAGGGCGUGCAAGAGGUUUUCUUCCCUACUGAACUGAAUCUCCGGAUGGCCAAUAUGAAUUCGGAAGAUUAUGUUUUUGACAGCAUUUCUGGGAAUAACUUUGAGUACACACUGGAAGCCUCCAAGUCCCUCCGACAGAAGCCUGGGGACAGCACCAUGACUUACCUGAAUAAAGGUCAAUUUUACCCAAUCACACUGAAAGAAGUCAGCAGCAGUGAAGGAAUCCAUCAUCCCAUCAGUAAAGUCCGAAGUGUCAUCAUGGUGGUGUUUGCUGAAGACAAAACAAGAGAAGAUCAGCUCAGGCACUGGAAAUACUGGCACUCAAGACAGCACACAGCCAAACAAAGAUGCAUUGACAUAGCUGACUACAAGGAGAGCUUCAACACCAUCAGCAACAUUGAGGAGAUUGCAUACAAUGCCAUAUCCUUCACUUGGGACAUCAACGAGGAAGCAAAGGUUUUCAUCUCUGUGAACUGCCUCAGCACGGAUUUCUCCUCUCAGAAGGGAGUUAAAGGCCUGCCCCUGAAUCUUCAGAUUGACACCUACAGCUACAAUAACAGGAGUAACAAACCUGUGCACAGAGCCUACUGCCAGAUCAAAGUCUUCUGCGACAAGGGAGCAGAGAGGAAGAUCAGGGAUGAAGAACGAAAACAAAGCAAAAGAAAAGGCAAGUGCACUGACCCCAGCUCUCAGUUGAAUGCCUUUUCUGAUGUCAAAGUGCCAAUGCUUCCCUCACACAAACGUACGGACAUCACCAUCUUCAAGCCCUUCAUGGAUCUAGACACUCAGCCAGUCCUUUUCAUUCCUGACGUUCACUUUGCAAAUCUUCAGCGUGGUGCUCACGUCCUUCCUGUUACUUCAGAAGAACUGGAGGGUGAAAGCUCAAACCUGAAGAGAGGAGGCUAUAUUGGUGAAGAGGACUUCAUUGCUACUCCGAAUAAGAUGUCCAGAAUAGAAGAACCAAAAAGAGUGUUGCUGUAUGUCCGAAAAGAGUCAGAGGAAGUCUUUGAUGCACUGAUGUUAAAGACACCAUCUCUGAAAGGUCUAAUGGAAGCAAUAUCUGACAAGUACGAUGUUCCUUUCGAUAAAAUAGGAAAAAUCUUCAAAAAGUGUAAAAAAGGAAUUCUGGUCAACAUGGACGAUAACAUUGUGAAACACUAUUCUAAUGAAGAUACCUUCCAGUUGCAGAUUGAAGAAGUUGGAGGAUCUUACAAGCUCACUCUCACUGAGAUCUAA